AUGUCUUUAGAGCCGAGCCCUGUCAUGGAGUUCCUAGGCCAGGUCGCCUACCAUUAUAAAAGUAUGCGACCUCUUCUGCCGACCUAUAUGCAUCUUCUCGUAUCGGCUAUAUUCCCCAUCUACACAGCCGCUCACGCCUCGUUAUCCAGACCACCAUCGGCAGCACCCAAGAAAUCUAAGAAAAAUGUCAGUGACGAAGAUGAAGAACGUGACGACGACGAAGAUCCCCACACAAGAAUCGAGAGCCUGACACCUUCAGACGCGAUAUUGUUUCCCAUCCUGGCCGGUGCCACAUUGGCAUCGCUCUACUUUACUCUAAAGUGGCUCCAAGAUCCUGCUUGGCUCAAUUGGGUCUUGGGCAUUUAUUUCUCGCAGAUCGGCCUGUUCUUCGCGAUGAAGUUCCUGAAAGACGGCUUCUCUGUGUUGCGAUCCUUCUUACUUCCAAACGAGUAUUCCCGUUCAGGAGUGCUGUGGAGGGUGGACCAGCAGCAUCGGUGUUUUAGGACAGAGAACGGGUUGCAUAAUGGCUCGCCGUUUCCCGGGUUGGCAGGGCAGAUCUCUCUUCCCUCCUCGCUUGCACCGCUUGUCUGGGACCUACGCGCGAUACUGUACACGAAGGCCCGGCUCGAGUUCCACGUUCACGAAUUGAUUACCAUCAAGACAUUUGUCGAAAUUCUUGAUGCUAUUAGCCUCAUUCUCUCCGCCGGUAUUGUCUACAUCCACACGUUCGUCGCAAAGCCAUGGUUCCUGACCAACUUCCUCGGCUUCUCCUUCUGCUACGGCUCUUUACAGUACAUGACACCCACAACCGCCUGGACUGGUACCCUUGUGCUGAGCGCACUUUUCUUUUAUGAUAUCUAUUUUGUUUUCUUCACCCCGAUGAUGGUCACUGUGGCGACAAAACUAGACGUCCCGAUCAAGUUGCUCUUCCCUCGACCCGACGGCUGCGUGGUCCCUACGGGUGCACCUGAGGGCUCGCCAGCGAUGGAGGAGUACUUGCAAUGCCUAGCAAAGAAAAGAACAAUGGCGAUGCUGGGUUUAGGGGACAUUGUUGUGCCGGGAAUGAUGCUCGCCUUUGCGUUGAGGUUUGACUUGUACUUAUAUUACCUUCGACAGGCCAAGAAAGGACAGCAAACGGAAGAGAAUAAUUUGAAGCCGACAUACACCAGUGCCACAGGAUGCUGGGGAGAACGAUUCUGGACCAGUUCGAAAUUAUGGUCCAUGGAGACGAAAGCCAAGCGGUUUCCCAAAACCUAUCUUCGCGCCACUAUCUUGGGAUAUCUCGCUGGAAUGGUCGUAACAGUGAUUGUAAUGCAGGUUGCACAACACGCGCAGCCGGCACUACUCUACCUUGUCCCCGGAGUCCUGCUGUCACUCUGGGGCACUGCCCUGGUGAAGGGGGAUUUAAAGGAGCUUUGGCAUUACAGUGAGCAACCGGACGUCGAUGACAAGAAAGCCAAGGAGGUAAAAGAGGAGAAAGACUUAUCGGCGUCCACAGGGAGGGAUAGUACGGAGGACAAGGCUAUAACCGACAGCGCAUCAAUGAACAAGGCUAAAGGCGUUGACCGUGUCGCAGUGGAGGAGACCCAAUCUGCAAACCGAACCCAGGACACCUCUAAGAAAGCUCCUGAGAAGAGCUGCCGGCGCCUCGUCCACUUCUCAAUCAUAUUACCCGAUCCAAUCCCCGAGGAAACGCCAGCCGACGAGGAGGCCUCCCUCAAGUUGGUGACCGGCGACGAGAGGUUGGAGACGGAUCUGGCGGCCAAAGGCACAGAGGAAGAUCGAGAGUCAGGUAGAAGCCGGGAGCGCAAGGACGACGGCGAACCGACCGGCAAGCGUGCCAGUAAAACUUAA